UGUGGAUCAUCAGGUGGUCGCUGGCUGACUGCUGGCCGAACUGAUCCCAGAACAGGCGGGUGUUUCAGCACCGCGGUCAGCUCCCAGCCCUGCCUCUUCCUCCUGCAGGCAGCCGAGCAUCAACACACCAGCGCUUCCUCCAUCUGCGACCCCUCCCCUUUUAAAUGUGCUCUCAUCACACAUCCUUCUCAUCUGUCACACACUGCUGUAGUUGCAAGGCUUUUUGAACAUCACGCAACCAAGAAGACUCAACAGUAUUUCCGUUUUUCUUCUUUCUUUUUUUCCGGAUCCCCCCUGCCCCCUCCCCCACCAGCAGCCUGUGGCGUUAAUCAGGCGCCGUUUGCGCCUCUUUCCUCCUGUGGCUCCAGUUAACGCAGCUUCAUUGAGCCUAACAGGAGUUUAUCGUCGACUCCGGCAGCAUGUUGGAUCCGUCUUCCAGUGAGGAGGAAGGGGACGAGGUGGUCGAGGUGGAGCGCAAAGAGGUGGCCGCCUCGAAGAACCUCGGAGGAGCCCGACGGCCACCGGGCCGAACCGCCGACGAUCAUGGCGGUGGAGGGCUCCAGCCCCGGGGCCGCGGCGGCGCCGGUGGCCGGCCCUCCAGCCCCAGCCCGUCGGUGGGCAGCGACAAGGAGAAGGAGGACCUGGAGAAGAUGCAGAGGGAGGAGGAGGAGAAGAAGAAGCGGCUCCAGCUGUAUGUGUUUGUGAUGCGCUGCAUUGCUUAUCCGUUCAACGCCAAGCAGCCCACCGACAUGGCCAGGAGGCAGCAAAAGAUCAGCAAGCUGCAGCUUCAGACCGUCAAAGAUCGCUUUCAGGCAUUCCUCGGUGGAGACACUCAGAUUGUGGCCGAUGAGGCUUUCAUCAACGCUGUUCAGAGCUACUACGAGAUCUUCCUGAAAAGUGACCGCGUGUCCCGGAUGGUGCAGAGUGGCGGCUUUUCGGCGAGCGACUCUCGUGAGGUGUUUAAAAAGCACAUCGAAAAGCGCGUGCGCAGCUUGCCCGAGAUCGACGGCCUGAGCAAAGAGACCGUGCUGAGCUCCUGGAUCGCCAAGUUCGACACCAUCUACCGGGGGGAAGAAGACCCCCGGAAGCACCAGCAGCGGAUGACCGCAAGCGCCGCCUCCGAGCUCAUCCUCAGCAAGGACCAGCUGUAUGAGAUGUUCCAGCAGAUCCUGGGGGUCAAGAAGUUCGAGCACCAGCUGCUCUACAAUGCCUGUCAGCUGGACAAUCCUGAUGAGCAGGCGGCUCAGAUCAGACGGGAACUGGACGGACGGCUGCAGAUGGCGGAUCAGAUCGCUCGGCUCGGGGGAAGGUUUCCAAGGUUCGUUUCCAGAGAGAUGGAGGCCAUGUACAUCGAGGAGCUGCGCUCGUCUGUCAACUUGCUGAUGGCAAACCUGGAGAGCAUGCCGGUCUCCAAGGGCGGCGAGUUCAAGCUGCAGAAGCUGAAACGAGGACACAACGCGUCCAUUAUGGAAAUGGGUCAGGAGGAUGAAAAUCUGCUGUCCAAGUCAGACGUGGUCCUCUCAUUCACUCUGGAGGUGGUGAUAAUGGAGGUUCAGGGUCUGAAGUCCUUGGCUUCAAACAGAAUAGUUUACUGCACCAUGGAGGUGGAAGGAGGACACAAGCUGCAGACGGACCAAGCUGAAGCCUCCAAACCAAUUUGGGGAACUCAAGGCGACUUCACCACCACCCAGCCUCUCCCUGCUGUGAAGGUGAAGCUGUUCACUGAGAGCACAGGCGUGCUGGCUUUGGAGGACAAGGAGCUCGGAAGGGUUGUUCUUCACCCGACGCCCAACAGUCCCAAGCAGUGUGAGCUCCAUAAGAUGACAGUGUCCAAAGGCUGCCCGGACGAGCUCAAGAUAAAACUAGCCAUCCGCAUGGACAAGCCACAGAACAUGAAGCAUUGUGGGUAUCUUUGGGCUAUUGGCAAAAAUGUGUGGAAAAGAUGGAAGAAGAGGUUCUUUGUCUUGGUACAGGUGAGCCAGUACACGUUUGCGAUGUGCAGCUAUAGAGAGAAGAAGGCUGAGCCUGUGGAGCUUCUGCAGCUGGACGGCUACACUGUGGACUACACCGACCCUCAGCCAGGUCUGGAAGGCGGCCGGACAUUCUUCAACGCUGUGAAAGAAGGCGACACUGUGAUAUUUGCCAGCGACGACGAGCAGGACCGCAUCUUAUGGGUGCAGGCCAUGUACCGGGCCACUGGUCAGUCCCACAAGCCGGUGCCCCCUACCCAGGUCCAGAAGCUGAAUUCCAGGAGCGGCACUGUCCCGCAACUCGAUGCGCCCAUAUCCCAGUUCUACGCUGACCGAGCCCAAAAGCACGGCAUGGAUGAGUUCAUCUCGGCCAACCCAUGUAACUUUGACCACGCCUCCCUGUUUGAGUUAGUGCAACGCCUCACCUUGGACCACAGACUAAAUGACUCCUACUCCUGCCUGGGUUGGUUCAGUCCCGGCCAGGUGUUUGUCUUGGAUGAAUAUUGUGCCCGCUACGGCGUCAGAGGCUGUCACAGGCACUUAUGUUACCUUAGUGAUCUGUUGGAGAGGGCCGAGAAUGGAGCCAUGAUUGACCCCACGCUGCUUCACUACAGCUAUGCUUUCUGUGCUUCCCACGUACAUGGAAACAGACCCGAUGGGAUCGGCACUGUGACCGUGGAGGAAAAGGAGCGUUUUGAAGAAAUCAAAGAGAGACUACGAGUGCUUCUGGAGAACCAGAUUACACAUUUCAGAUACUGUUUUCCAUUUGGACGACCAGAGGGAGCAUUAAAAGCAACUCUCUCCUUGCUUGAAAGGGUUCUGAUGAGAGAUGUGGCGACACCGGUCCCACAAGAAGAUGUCAAAGCUGUGAUCAGGAAAUGUCUGGAACAGGCGGCCAUAAUCAACUACCAACGCCUGUCAGAGUACGCAAAACUGGAAGGGAAAAAAAGAGAGAUGUAUGAGCAUCCUGUCUUCUGCUUGGCAUCUCAAGUGAUGGAUUUAACUAUUCAAAACGUUGGCCGUUUAGUCACCCCUGCCAAAAAGCUGGAGGACACGAUCCGUUUGUCUGAGCUGGUUAUCGAGGUGCUACAGCAGAAUGAGGAACACCAUGCUGAGCAGGGAAAAGAGGCCUUUGCCUGGUGGUCGGACCUGAUGGUGGAGCAUGCCGAGACCUUCCUGUGUCUUUACUCGGCCGACAUGGAUGCAGCCCUCGAAAUCCAGCCGCCUGACAGCUGGGACAGUUUCCCGCUUUUCCAACUGCUCAACGACUUCCUGAGAGUGGAUUACAACCUGUGCAACGGAAAGUUCCAUAAACACCUCCAGGACCUGUACGCCCCUCUGGUGGUGCGAUACGUGGACCUGAUGGAGUCGUCCAUCGCUCAGUCCAUCCACAGAGGCUUUGAAAGAGAGUGCUGGGAACCAGUAAACCAUGGUUCAGCAACUUCAGAGGACCUGUUCUGGAAGCUGGACGCUCUGCAGACGUUCAUCAGAGAUCUCCACUGGCCGGAGGAAGAGUUCGGCAAGCACCUAGAAACCAGACUGAAGCUGAUGUCCAGUGACAUGAUAGAAUCUUGUAUAAAACGGACACGGGUAGCAUUUGAGGCCAAGCUGCAGAGAAGCAGCCGGACCACAGAUUUCCGCGUCCCUCAGUCCAUCUGCACCAUGUUCAAUGUCAUGGUGGAUGCCAAGUCCCAGUCAGCCAAACUGUGUGCCGUGGACCUCGGUCAAGAGUUUGUCAGACAAUGGAGGCAAUACCAUUCCCAAAUCGACCAUCUGAUUGAGGAGACGGUGAAGGAAAUGAUUACUCUUUUGGUAGCAAAGUUUGUGGUCAUUCUGGAGAGUGUGUUAUCUAAACUCUCUCGAUAUGACGAAGGAACCCUCUUCUCUUCCUUCUUAUCUUUCACAGUAAAAGCUGCCUCAAAGUAUGUGGAUGUACCUAAACCAGGGAUGGAUGUUGCAGACUGCUAUGUUACCUUUGUCCGUCAUUCCCAGGACAUGUUGCGAGAGAAAGUCAACGAGGAGAUUUACGUCGAGAGACUUUUUGACCAAUGGUACACCAGCAGUAUGAAUCUUAUUGGAACAUGGCUGACUGACCGUAUGGACCUGCAGCUGCAUGUCUACCAACUGAAGAUACUCAUCAGGAUUGUCAAAAAAAAGUACCGUGAUUUCCGUCUCCAAGGAGUUCUGGACUCAACAUUGAACUGUAAGAUGUAUGAGACCGUAAGAAAUCGUCUGACCUUAGAAGAAGCUACCGCUUCGGUGAGGGAAGGAGGGAUGCAAGGCAUUACAAUGAGGGACAGCGAUGAAGAUGACAAUGAUCACUAGAUCAAAGAUCUGCUUACUAUCAGAAUGUCAAAAUGGGUGUACGAUGUGGCUUCCACGCCUUGUAUUGGAUUAUUGUAAGUGAAGUUUUGCCAGUAGUUUCCUUCUAUCAGUUGUUUUCUAACGAUGUUCUUGAGCUUUGUGUCAUCGUGUGUAAAAGUACUGCAUGUAGCUGGUGUCCACUCCUCAAAGUGCUUUUGCUUCAUGUGUGAAAUCACUGGAAACUUGGGUUUUUGCCUUCUCGAAGAGCCCAUUAUUUCCAAGAACAUUUAAAUAAAAGAUCAUUAAAAUGUGGAAAUGGCUGUCAACUCGCUUAUUUAACUUUU